GAGCAGGUGCUGGGUGCCCAGUGCCCAGGGACGGUGCCCGUUUUCUUUCAGAAUGUUGGCCUCCAGGGUGUUCGGCCUCAUCGGCAGGCGAGCAGUUUCCACCUCGGUGUGUCUGCGGGCCCACGGAAGCGUUGUGAAGAGUGAGGACUAUGCCCUGCCGAGCUAUGUGGACCGGCGGGACUACCCGCUGCCUGACGUGGCGCACGUGAAGCAGCUGUCCGCCGGCCAGAAGGCGCUGAAGGAGAAGGAGAAGGCCCCCUGGGGCAGCCUCACCAGGGACGAGAAGGUCGAACUGUAUCGCAUCCAGUUCAACGAGAGCUUCGCUGAGAUGAACAGAGGCACCAGCGAGUGGAAGACAGUGGUGGGCGCGGCCUUGUUCUUCAUCGGCUUCACCGCCCUCGUCCUCAUCUGGGAGAAGCACUAUGUGUACGGCCCCAUCCCGCACACCUUUGACAAGGAUUGGGUGGCCAUGCAGACCAAGAGGAUGCUGGACAUGAAGGUCGGCCCCAUCCACGGCUUCUCUGCCAAGUGGGACUACGACAAGAACGAGUGGAAGAAGUAGGAGCGGCCGGGAGCCGGG